CUUUAAUUUUUUAAUUUAAAUUUCCCUACCACAUUGAACGAUAUUAAAAAAUUUGAAAAAAAAAUGAAGUAUCAGUCAAUGUUUAUAGCAUAAAACAGGGAGAACCAACCUAUAAAAAUAACGUAAAAAAAAUUUCGAAAAAAAAUUUUGCCGAAUCAAAAUUCAAUAAAUAUGUCAUAUACCCAUUAAAAGUUUGCGAUGACGAAUUAAACGAUCAUCAUGAUUUAUUGUUAUUCGAUGACGGAAAUGGCAGACAACAUUAUUGUUGUAUAACUAACUUGGCAAAAUUAGUUGGUGCCCAAAUAUCGCGGCAUGGACAUACCACAUUGUUAUGUAAGCGGUGUUUCAAAUCAUACUGGGGGAUCAGCCGUUGGGGUGUUACCGCUGAACAACGGCUUAAAAAUCAUAAAAUGAAUUGUAAUAAAAAUAAACCAACAGUACCGUUAUUACCAAAUCCUAAUACAUUUCUAAAAUUUGAAAAUUGGGGUCAUUCACAAAAGCAUCCAUUUGCAAUUUAUGCAGAUUUCGAAUCAAUACUUGAAAAACAAACUGAUACCAAUAUUACAAGCAAUACUAAUAUUAUUCACCACCAUGACGUCAUGAGCUAUUGCUAUUUUGUUAAGCCUAAUGAUGAUAUACCUACAUAUUUAUUGAAGGAAUUCAAUAUAGAAACGGACCCAGUUAUAUUUAGAGGAAAUUCUAGUUUUGGUAGAGGUGACGUUGCUAAAAAGUUUAUAGAAGAAAUAGUUAAAGUUGCUUUAAAAAUUGAAAAUAUACUUAACUUAAAUAUACCAAUUAUAAUGAGCGAAGAAAAUAAAAUAUAUCAUGAUAAUAUCAUCACCAGAGGAACAUGUCCACUGUGCAAGGUGAAAUUUGUACAAAGUUUAAACAAUGCUGUCGCAGAUCACGAUCAUUUAACAGGAAAAUAUAGAGGAACCGUAUUUAACCAAUGCAAUAUGAAAAUGAUAAUACCUAAUUUCGUGCCAAUUUUUUUUCAUAACCUAUUUGGUUAUGAUUCACAUUUCAUCGUGACACAGUUGGGUUUUGAUACAAAGACAAUUAAUGUAAUACCUAAUACAGAGGAAAAAUUUAUAUCUUUCUCAAAAUACGUUACAAACAAAUUUCAAAUCCGUUUUGUAGAUACUUUUCGCUUCAUGUCAGACAGUCUAGAAAAACUAGUUAGUAAUUUAGCUACAUAUGAUAAAUUGAAAUUUAAAGAAACUUUAAAAGUUUUCAAUUCAAAUGAUAUAGAACUGGUGACCAGAAAAGGUAUAUAUUGCUAUGAAUACACUGAUGGAUGGGAAAAAUUGAACGAAAAAUGCUUGCCGGAAAAAAAAAACUUUUAUAAUACAUUAACCGAAACGCAUAUUGACACCGAGGAUUAUGAGCAUGCAAAACGAGUAUGGGAACAUUAUAAUUUUAAGUGUCUUGGAGAAUAUAGUGACUGGUAUAUGAAAGUGGACGUCAUGCUUCUUUGCGAUGUUUUCGAAAAUUUCAGAAAUUUAUGUAUGGUUACGUAUGGUUUGGAUCCCAACUAUUACUAUACUGCACCUGGGUACAGCUUCGAUGCCAUGUUAAAACUUACGGAAGUUGAGUUAGAGCUUUUGUCAGACUACGACCAAAUAUUAAUGAUGGAAGCUGGAAUUCGUGGUGGACUUACACAAGCAAGCAAGCGAUAUGCUCAAGCCAAUAACAGCGAAAUUCCUGACUAUGACCCAUCCAAACCGGAUUCGUGGAUUACGUACUUAGAUGCAACAAAUCUUUACGGUUGGGCAAUGAGUAAGGCAAUGCCUAAAGAUGGAUUUUUAUGGUAUGAAGGUGAUCUUAAUACUGAAAAUAUUUUAAAUAUUUUGGAUGGUAUGAAUGAAACAUCUAAGGUGGGGUGGGCGUUAGAAGUUGAUGUUACAUAUCCUCAAUCAUUACAUGAUGAUCACAAUGAUUUACCGUAUCUACCUGAGAGGAUAAUCCCACCUGGAUCAAAAAUCAAAAAACUUGUCGCUAAUUUAUAUUCGAAAAGGAAUUAUGUUAUACAUUACAUGGCUUUGAAGCAGGCUCUGAAAGCGGGGUUGAUUUUAGAAAAGGUGCAUAGGAUUUUAAAAUUCAACCAAUCACCGUGGCUCGCAAAAUAUAUUGAAUUGAAUACGAAUAUGAGAAAGAAUGCAUUAAAUGACUUCGAGAGAGAUUUUUUUAAAUUAAUGAACAAUGCAGUAUUCGGAAAAACAAUGGAAAACGUCAGAAACAGAAUGAAGAUGCAACUUGUUUCUGAUGAAAAAAAAUGUGCCAAAUUAAUUAAUCGAAAUACGUUUAAGGAUAUUACAAUAAAUUAGCAGCAAUACAUUUGAACAUGGA